GUGGCUCAUUGAGGCCACGCCCAGAGACCUGUUGUUCCUUUCUGUGGUUGUAAUUUCACUAAUUUGAUUGCUUUGCUCGUUUCUUUUUUCUCUUAGCCAUGGCAGCAGUCAACUAUUACUACUCCAGCGUAUCCAGCAACUUAGAGUUGAAAAAGAACCAGCAAAAGAUAGAGAUGAUACUAGACUCAAAGAAGAUACCAUACAACAAGCUUGACGUUGCUGCCGACACUGACCUCAGGGACAAAAUGAGAGGAAUAAUUGGUGAUCCAAAAGCACUCCCACCUCAACUUUUCAACGGAGAUACAUACUGUGGGGAUUUUGACGCUUUUGAAGAAGCUCUUGAAACAGAGACCCUGGAAGAAUUCCUCAAGUUGAAAUGAGCUCCUCUAGUGCCUUCAUGCUAAUAAAGCACAACUAUUGUAGACUAGCAAUAUAAAAGCUGUAGAGAAAUUUAUAGUGUUUGCAAAUGCUUUUUAGUUAAUGAUCUUUAUAAACUUCA